GCGAACAUACAGGAAACCGUUGGAUUUGGGGAAGGAACUCCGAAAAUUUAUGCGACGAUCGAUCUAGAAAAAUGCAGAGUUGGACGAACUAGGAUGAUAGAAAACGAACCCCAAAACCCAAGAUGGUACGAGUCAUUCCACAUUUAUUGUGCUCACUCAGCUUCUGACGUGAUCUUCACUGUUAAAGACAACAACCCAAUUGGGGCAACGUUAAUUGGAAGAGCUCACAUGCCUGUAAGAGAAUUAAUGGAUGGAGAUGAAGUAGACAAAUGGAUUGAGAUCAUGGAUGAAAACAACAACCCUGUUCCAGCUGGAUCCAAAAUCCACGUAAAGCUACAAUUCUUUGACGUCACUCAAGAUCGUAACUGGGCUCAUGGAAUCAAAAAUGCGAAGUACCCUGGAGUUCCCUACACAUUCUUCGCUCAAAGAACAGGAUGUCGAGUCUCUUUAUACCAAGAUGCUCAUGUUCCUGAAAAUUUCAUGCCUAAGAUCGCUCUUGCAGGUGGCAAAUACUACGAGACACAUAGAUGUUGGGAAGAUAUAUUCGAAGCCAUUACUAAUGCAAAACACUUCAUCUACAUUACUGGAUGGUCUGUUUACACUGAGAUCGCUUUGAUACGAGACCCAAAGAGACAAAAGGAUGGAGGUGAUGUCAUGCUUGGUCAGAUUCUAAAACGGAAAGCAGAAGAAGGUGUUAGGGUGGCUAUGCUCGUUUGGGACGAUAGAACUUCUGUAAAUGUAUUUAAAGAAGACGGAUUAAUGGCUACCCAUGAUGAAGAAACUGAGAAUUUCUUCCAAAACACCGACGUUCAUUGCAUUUUAUGCCCGCGUGACCCUGAUGACGGAGGAAGCGUUUUUCAGGACCUUCAAGUGUCCACCAUGUUCACUCAUCACCAGAAGAUCGUGGUGGUGGACGCUGAGAUGCCUACUGGAGGUUCAGAGAAACGGAGGGUGGUGAGUUUUGUUGGUGGUAUUGAUUUAUGUGAUGGAAGAUACGAUUAUGCGUUUCAUCCUCUUUUUAAAACAUUAAACGCUGCUCACCAUGAUGAUUUCCAUCAACCUAAUUACACUGGAGCAUCCAUAGCUAAAGGUGGUCCACGGGAGCCAUGGCAUGAUAUUCACUCUAGGGUUGAAGGACCAAUCGCUUGGGAUGUUUUGUUUAAUUUUGAACAAAGAUGGCGAAAACAAGGUGGGAAAAAUAUACUUGUUGACUUGAGACAACUUCGUGACAUUCUAAUCCCACCAUCUCCGGUGACGUUCCCAAAUGAUCAAGAAACAUGGAAUGUCCAGCUUUUCAGGUCUAUCGAUGGUGGGGCCGCCUUUGGCUUCCCGGACACACCUGAAGAAGCCGGGAAAGCGGGUCUUGUGAGUGGGAAAGAUAACAUAAUUGAUCGAAGUAUUCAAGACGCGUAUAUUAACGCGAUACGAAGAGCAAAAAAUUUCAUCUAUAUUGAAAACCAGUAUUUCCUUGGAAGCUCUUUUGCUUGGAAAUCUGACGAUAUCAAUGUUAAUGAGAUUGGUGCGUUGCACCUUAUUCCAAAGGAACUUUCUUUGAAGAUCGUCAGCAAGAUAGAAGCCGGUCAAAAGUUUAUUGUUUAUGUUGUCGUACCAAUGUGGCCUGAAGGGAUCCCAGAAAGUGGAUCUGUUCAGGCGAUAUUGGACUGGCAAAAAAGGACGAUGGAGAUGAUGUAUAAAGACAUUGUCAAGGCUCUUCAAGAUAAGGGUCGAGAUGAUGAUCCAAGAGAGUAUCUUACCUUCUUUUGCCUUGGAAACCGUGAGAUGAAGCAAGACGAUGAGCAUGAACCAACAGAAGCACCCGAACCGGAUUCUGGUUAUCUUCAUGCCCAAGAGAACCGUCGUUUUAUGAUCUAUGUCCAUUCCAAAAUGAUGAUAGUUGAUGAUGAAUACAUAAUAGUUGGAUCCGCGAACAUCAACCAACGAUCCAUGGAUGGUGCUAGGGAUUCUGAAAUAGCCAUGGGAGCAUAUCAACCUAAUCAUCUAGCUUCAGCCAGGUCACCAGCCAGGGGUCAGAUCCAUGGCUUCCGUAUGGCUUUAUGGUAUGAACACCUUGGCAUGAUCGAUCAGACCUUUGAGCACCCAGAGAAUGUUGAAUGCGUGAGAAAGGUGAAUGAUGUGGCUGACAAAUGUUGGGAACUUUACGCCAGUGAAAAUCUUGAACGUGAUUUGCCAGGUCACUUGCUGCGAUACCCGGUUGGUAUCGCUAGGGAUGGUGAUAUUACGGAAUUGCCAGGAACUGAAUGUUUCCCUGAUACAAGUGCCAAGAUCCUUGGUACGAAAUCUGAUUUCCUUCCUCCUAUUCUUACUACCUAAAGAGAGACUUUGUUUUGGUGUUUUUAAUUAGUUGGAAUAACU